AUGGACUCUGCAAGCAGACUCAACUACAAAAGGAACAAAGGUGCGGAUUCUAGUUUGACUCCUGUAAAACCUCGGCUUGGACGAUUUCUCGAUGUUUACUCACCCGAACACUUAAACAUAACACCCAAACCUAAAUCCAAACUUAUUUUCGCUGAAACCAGGAAUGCGAGUCCAAAUUUACUUACACCUGAAAAGUUUUCAGAAGUUGAGUUUAAGUGCAGGACAGCUAAAACUCAAAAGAAUUUUCGAAAUGUGUUCAGCAACUGUUCCUUUGAAGGAAACCAAAGUUUUCCUCGCCUAAAAAGCAAAGUGCGUCCAAUUAGGAUGGAGUUAGAGACGCCUACCAAAUUGAAACAGCCUAUUGAUCUUGUGCGAGUGGACGGGCCGAAUGGUCUCAGAUUCAAUACAUCGUUAGCUACAGACGCUACUGGCUCGCCCGCCCCGCCACAGACUGAUCGGCUGCAACAAACUAUCAAUCCAAGCAAGGCUGUGUUUACUAUCGAACCAAAUACUUCUAAGAUUUUAAUAGUGAACAAUAAAGCCUGCUCAUUACUUGGCUACUCUAGUGGAGAGCUUUGCGGUCUGCGGUUCUCAGAUCUACUGCGCAGUAGAAGCUGCAAGGCGUUCAGCUUACAUGAACCAGAGGAAUGUGAUACGUCUGAAGAUGGUACCAUUGUUUUGCUCAGUGGAAAGGUAGUGGAAUUGAUCUCCAAAGAUGGUAGCUCAGUGCAAGUGUCUUUGUGGAUAAGACAGCUGGACAACGAUGGACCAUGUUUGGUCGUAGCCGAGCCCGUAAACUGCAAAACCGUUUUGUUGACAGUGGAGGCGGAGAGCGGGGCGGUGGUGUCGGUGGCGGGCUGCGCGGCGGCGGCGCUGUUCGGCGCGGAGAGCCGCGACAAGCUCGUGGGGCUGCCGCUCGCCUCGCUCAUCCCCAGCGUCGUGCUGCCGCCCUACGACGCGCCCGUGCCCCGCGCACUCGCCAAGCAGAAACUCACUGGACGAACACUAGACGGCGGUUGCUUCCCGUUAUGCCUGUGGAUAUCAAAACCAGACUACACAGACACCACUCUAUGGGGUACUAUCAAGCAUAGACAAGUGUUUGAAGUCAAUGUCAGGGUAACCUACAACGUAAGCGGUCUUCUGGUAGUCGACGAAAGUGGUAUAAUUACCGCUUGCAACCAUCACUUCGCGAUGCUCACCUUCGGCAAGACCCACUCGGAAGUGAUCGGUCACCAUAUUGACGACGUCAUCCAACAUUUCUGCAGGCAUGCCGACAUGGUUAAAAUGCCAGAUCGAAACAGGAAUAUGACUUUGUCGCCGGUCAACAAUGACGAUGAUAAUAAUGGGUCAGCCUCAGACACAGAUGACGACUCUUGCGGCGCGUUCAAUGGUAGUCAGAAAUCAGCUUGCAUGUCUCUCAAUGUGCAACCUUCAAUACUGUCCACAACACGUGAAAAAUCGUCCAGUGCUUUAUGUCUCGAUAAAUCUUGUAGUAUGGUCACCCACACGCCAACACCAACGCAAGACAUGGUCUCAAGUAUAAGCACUACGGAACAACGAAACGACAUAUCCGCUCUACCAGAUGUCACUUCCGGUAUGUCAGGAAUAUCUAUCGACGAUGAAAAUUAUUAUCAAAGUAGCAUUUCGAAGUCACGUUCAGAAAAUAUCUUGCGUUCAGAACAUAGUAACCCUAUGAGACCUGUAUGUAAUAAACAGUCAGAAAAAUCGGACUCAAUUUAUUAUACGUCACAGCCUUCACAAGAAGUGACUCCAACUGGAAGUACCCCAAGGGUGAGAUUAAACGAUCCUUCAUUAAGACUAUCAUUUGAUUCGAGCAAAUACAGGUCUCUGAAAGUAAAUUUACCUGGUCAGGUGAAAGAUGAUAAAACGAGUUUAUCGUUGGAUUUUUGCGAUUCAAACGAGACGAGUGCAGAUUUUUUGACGCCGAUUAAUGAGAUGCCCCCUCCCGGUUGUGAGAUUGAAGACUUACCGAAACACAACGGUACUGAAAGUGUUGAUAGCUUUAGUAAUGACAACGAUUUGGAGACACAGACUGAAUCGGCUCCCAGGAAAUUAUUUACAGACGAGCCUCCCGAGACGCCGUGCGUGGCCAAGCGCGCGCUGCGCAGCCAGGUGCUGACGUCGACGCCGCAGCAGGCGCGCGCCAAGCCCGAGCUGUGCGAGUGCGGCGCCGACUGGCCGCACAGCGACGGCACCUACCGAGGGCUGGUGCAGCACAAGGAUGGCACUGAACUGAACGUGCUGUACACGGUGUCGAGUAUGCAGCUGGGCACGGGGUCGCGCGUGCGCUGCGUGUGGCUGGGCGUGCAGCUCGACCACGCGCCGAGGCACACCACGCUCGCCUCCAGCCUCGCCUCCACUGCUGAUAACUCGCUGGUUCUCGGCAAUAAGUCGGCCAGCAGUAGACCACAGUCCAUGUCGUUGAUGAGCCAAUGUGGUGACGAGCAAGUUGCGGGUGAAUACAACAAGUAUUAUGUUACCCUCAAGCAGAUUGGUAAAGGCGCCUACGGUUGUGUAAAAAUGGCGUAUCGUCGCUCAGAUCGAUUGUUGACUGUCGCUAAGUUCAUUUUGAAAGAGAAGGUGGGCACUCAGUUCUGGGUGGACGGCCCCGAUGGACGCCGCGUGCCCCUAGAACUUAGUCUACUGCUCACUCUGAAACAUCCGAACAUCGUGAGCGUGGUAGACGCUUUCGAGAACGACAGAUAUUUUCAAAUGGUGAUGGAAAAGCAUGGCGCCGGCAUGGACUUGUUUGAAUUCAUUGAACGACGUCCACGACUUGACGAACCACUACUAAGCUAUAUAUUUAGACAGAUAGGCCAAGCGGUCGAAUAUCUCCACUCCCUAAAUAUACUGCAUCGGGAUAUAAAAGACGAGAAUGUGAUCAUUGACAAUAAGUUUCACGUGAAACUGAUCGACUUUGGUUCGGCAACGUUCAUGAGCAAAGACACUCUAUUCUCAACCUUCUAUGGAACCACUGAGUACUGCAGCCCUGAAGUACUCGCCGGGAAUAAAUAUGCUGGACCAGAAUUAGAGAUGUGGUCAAUGGGAAUAACUUUGUAUGUGCUGACAUUCUUUGUUAACCCAUUCUCGGACAUUGAGGAUACUAUACAAGGACCUCUAGCUUUCCCACAAGUUGUUUCUGAAGAUUUGGAACAACUUCUACGUUGGAUUCUUUGCAAGGAACCAGCGAACAGAUGUACUGUAUCUCAACUUAUGGCACACCCAUGGAUCAGACAAACGGUCGUGAUCGCCAAUUACGUGUUCCACGAGAUAGUCGACUGUGAUCGACAUGAAGCGAAUCCUGAAAUGUAUUUCAGUGGAAGUCUCGAAUCUCCACGUAGCGGGUCACCCGUAUCAAUGGCUGAUGCUAUCGUUAAAGAGCGCUCCAACCCGUCGGAGGUGGCGAUCCGCUCGGACGGCAAGAACGUGUCGCGCGACGAGCCCAAGCGCAGCUCGCUGCUGCACGCGCUGUCCACCGCCGACCGGGACGCGCAGUCCGACAACUACAGCCUGCGCUCGUCUGCUGACAUAUUAGACAUAUCUUCGAAACCGGUAUCAGAAGCAGCCCUGACAGACAUCAGUUCGGACGCGACGGGCCACGCCGCCUGCGACAUCGACUACGACUGCGACCAGUACGAGUGCGACAGCUGGGACGAGUGUGAACAGGACAGCUUCUCUUAA